UGCCGGCCGCGGGAGCCCUGCGCCGGGGGAGGAGCGAGGGGCCGGCGCGGCCAUGGCAGCCCUGGACGCGGCGUCGCCCGGCGGGGACGAGUGCCUGGAGGAGGACGAGGAGGAGCUGGAGGCCGGGCUGGACGACGCGGAGCAGGACGGGGCGGGCAAGGCGGCGGGCAGCGGGCGCGGGUGCCUCCUGACGCGCCGCGGCAUCACCCUGCGCGUGCUGCUCAAGGACGGCCUCAUCGAGCCGGGCGAGGGGCUGCUUUCCAUCUACUACCUGGGGAAGAAGUUCCUGGGGGACCUGCUGCCGGACGGGAAGAUCACGUGGCAGGAGACGGGGCAGGUGUUCAACUCGCCCAGCGCCUGGGCCACCUACUGCAAGAAGCUGGUGAACCCGGCCAAGAAGUCGGGCUGCGGCUGGGCCUCCGUCAAGUACAAGGGGCAGAAGCUGGACCAGUACAAGGCCGCCUGGCUCAAGAAGCACCAGCCCAACGCGCCCGCGGCUGAGGAGAGCCUGGUGAGCGAAGGGGAGGAGGAGGAGCUGGCCGAGGAGGAGGAGGAGGACACCAGGGAAGGGAAGGCCGCCCUGGCAGAGCCGGCACUGGGCAAGAGGCUGGAGGAGAAGAGCAAGAAGCAGCCGAGCAAGGGCCUGGUGGAGCAGCAGAGUGUGGGCAGUGUGGGGUUAAGUGCCCGCAGCGCCCUGCUGCCCGAGAACGGGCCGCAGGGGAAGAGGCUGGAGGCCAAAACCCGCACUCCCGUCCGCUACUGUACACUGGGCACCCGGGACUCGGCUAGGAACCCCCACACGCUGGUGGAGGUGACGUCCUUCACGGCCAUCAACAAGUUCCAGCCAUUCAACGUGGCCAUCUCCAGCAACGUGCUGCUGCUGCUGGACUUCCACAGCCACCUGACACGGAGCGAGGUGGUCGGCUACCUGGGCGGCCGGUGGGACACCAAUACCCAGCUGCUGACAGUGUUGCGCGCCUUCCCAUGCCGGACGCGCCUCGGGGACACCGACUCGGCAGCAGCCGUGGAGGAGGAGAUCUGCCAGAACCUCUUCCUGCGCGGGCUCUCGCUGGUGGGCUGGUACCACAGCCACCCCUUCAGCCAUGCCCUGCCCUCGCUGCAGGACAUCGAUGCCCAGAUGGACUACCAACUCAAGCUGCAGGGCAGCAACAACAGCUUCCAGCCCUGUCUGGCGCUUAUCUGCAGCCCCUACUAUCAUGGCAACCCGGGUGCGGAGUCGAAGAUCUCACCUUUCUGGGUUAUGCCGCCUCCUGAGCAACGGCCCAAUGACUACGGCAUCCCCAUGGAGGUGGAGGUCACCUACGUGCAGGAUGGGUUCCUGACCAAUGACGUCCUACAGGAGAUGAUGCUGCUGGUGGAGUUCUACAAAGGGGCCCCCGACCUGGUGAAGUUCCAGGACCUGUGGAGCCAGGACCAGACCUAUCUGGACAAACUAAAGGGCUCCCUCACCUCCCGGACCCCCAAGGACCAGGGCUUUGCCCAUGUCCUGGAGCAGAUCUACAGCCUCCUCCAGCACAGCGGCUGAGCCAGGCAGGAGCUGAUGGCAGACUGACACCCAGGUGCCUUCACUGUAUGUGGAACCUGGCCUGGUGGCCCUGAGCAAGCAGCACAGCAGCCCUUGCAUGGGGGAUGUAGCUCAUCAGAGCCUGAGUGACUCAUUAGGAAGCCUGUUAGUAGAAAGCCCGGGUCCAGGCCCUGCUGGUGACUGAGGGUGUGGAGGGGAGAGACCCUCACUAAAGCCCUGGCUGCUUUCCCCAAAGGGGCCGGUGCCUGCCCAACGCAUGCAGCCCAGUGCCAGGGUGAUUGUGGGCAGCUGCUCCGGUGCCUUGGCAGUGCUGGUAGUGUAGCAGGGCAGGUCACGGAGGAGCCUCUCUCUGGCUGUAAGUUACUGUGGACGUGGUAGUUGAUUAAAGAGAAGCAAUCCAGUG